GAAAAAUCCUAUAUAAACAAACCUAUGUAUCUCUCUCAAAACCGUAGCAAAAUGGAUUCCAAAGAUUUGUUUUUUGGAUAUCUCUCUAUUUUCAUAAUUCUAUUCAAUUUUGCAGUGUGUGACGUAGCAAGCGAUAGACAAAAAUGUGAAAACCAACUAAUAGGGCUAGCAACAUGCCUGCCCUACGUGGGCGGGGAGGCCAAAGCCCCCGCCAGCGAUUGUUGCACCGGUUUCAAGCAAGUCUUGAGAGAUAGUCGCGAGUGCAUCUGCUUGUUGAUCAAGGAUCGGGACGAUCCGAGUCUUGGGCUCAAGAUCAAUGCCACUCGUGCCCUCUCCCUUCCCGACAAAUGCAAGACCCCUAUCAACGAGUCCAUCACGGACUGCCCAACUAUUCUUCAUCUACCACCAAACUCACCGGAUGCUAAGGUGUUUGAUGAUUUUGCAAAGAGUGCCGGCAAGAGCAACACCACCACUACUCCUGCGAGCUCGUCGGGUGGGUCGUCUGCGUCGGCAACCGCUGGUCCUAAUAGCAAUAGAGGAGAGAAGAAGAUAUGGUUUGCUGGACUACUCAUGGCUAUGGCUACAGUUCAUAUUUUCAUGAAUCACUAAUGUUGAAAUUGUAUUCUAAUUUUCUAUUUAUUUAGUUUGAGAAUAAUAAUAAUAAUGUGACUCAAGGGUUGAGGUUAGUGUAGAGAGAUGAUCUAGGUUGUUUUUAAUGUUGUAUUUACAUUAGAGAAUGCCUUUGUAAUAUCAUUUUCCUAUUUAAGAUUUAAUAAUGGAAGCCAUAAUUUUCAAAUUAUCA